CUGUAGAAGAAUUUCCUGCUCCUUCAGACGAAGCUAAUUUUGAAUCUAAAGAGAGCAGUUUUAAUAAAAAUGGACUCACGAACAAAUAGAGGAAUACCUUUAAGCUCAAUUAGUCCACGGUAUCUGCACACAAACUCCACUAGCCACACGUGGCCAUUCAGUGCUAUAGCAGAAUUAAUUGAUAAUGGUUAUGAUCCAGAUGUCAAUGCAAAACAAUUCUGGAUUGAUAAAACAGAGAUCAAAGACCAGCACUGCCUUAUCUUCAUGGAUAAUGGAUACGGCAUAGAUUAUGAUAAGAUGCGCAAAAUGCUCAGUUUUGGCUUCAGUGAGAAGCAGACAGUAAAAGGCCAUGUUCCAGUGGGUCUUUAUGGUAACGGUUUUAAGUCAGGUUCCAUGCGCUUGGGGAAGGAUGCCAUCGUGUUCUCAAAGAAAGCCAACAUCAUGUGUGUGGGUCUCCUGUCACAGACUUACCUGAAAGAGAUAGGAGCACAGGAUGUUUUAGUGCCCAUUGUCAAGUUCACAAACAUGGGACAGCCUCUCAGUGCUGCACCGGAGCAUGCAGAAUGUCUUCAUGAUAUCCUGAAACAUUCUCUCUUUAACACCAAGGAAGAACUGCUGUCUGAGUUCAGUGUUAUUGACACGUUGUGCGCUAACUCAAGUGGAACCCGCAUCAUCAUCUGGAACCUACGCAGAACCCCUUCAGAAGAAUUAGAAUUUGACUUCACACAGGACCGCUAUGACAUCCGGAUCCCUGUUGACGUGUACAAGAGCACCAGAGAGCCAAACAAGCAACAGCUGGAGGGUUGCAUGGAAGUGCCUGAGAGUGAAUAUUCACUGCGGGCGUACUGCAGUAUCCUGUACCUGAAACCAAGAAUGCAGAUCAUCAUUCGAGGGCAGAAGGUGGAAACUCAGUUUGUCACUAAACGUCUAGCAAAUGUCUUAAAGGACACAUACAAACCUGCCUGUCUUAAAAAGAAAAUAACAGUCACCUUUGGCUACAACACAAAGACAAAGGAGCACUACGGCAUCAUGAUGUAUCACAAAAAUCGCCUCAUCAAAGCCUAUGAGCGUGUCCCCUGUCAGCGCAAGGCCAACAGCACAGGAGUGGGUGUUAUCGGGGUCAUAGAGUGUAACUACCUCACACCAACUCACAACAAGCAGGACUUUGACAAUACAGAAGAAUACAGGAAACUCCUGCAGAAUGUAGGUAAUAAGCUUGAGGAAUAUUGGAAGGAAGUCCGUUAUCGAUAUAAAAACUGCACUCAAGCAUUUGAAGAUACUGCGAAGCGGCCAGAUCAAACCUGGGUUCAAUGUGAUGAUUGUCUCAAGUGGCGGAAACUCCCAGAUUGCAUUGAUGGGAAAUUACUCCCUAAAAAGUGGUUCUGCCACAUGAACCUCGACCCACAAUUCAGGAAUUGUACAGUUGAAGAAGAGCCUGAAGAUUCUGAUGAGGAACAAACUGGAUACAAGAAAACCUACAAAGAGCAUGAGAAAAAUUUGCAGAAGUUGUUGCAGGAGGAGAAUAACAGACAGCAGUUGGAACACGAGCAGAGGACUGCAGCUUUGAAUGAGAAGAAUACUGCUUUGAUGAGGAUGGAGCAGGACCUUGUGCAGCAGCUCCGAUCCACGUGUCCUUCUACACCCACACCAUUCACUGAAACAACAUGCAGCACCACCAUUAUUUCUCCUUCUCUCACAGGUGCAGAUUCCAGUCCUUCUGAUGACCCUUCUGUUGAUACUCAGGACAAUUCUGUCUCUACUACUCCUACAAGGAAGAAGAGAGCCCUGGGAUGGAGUCAAGAGAACACAGAGAAGAAGAAAGCCAGACAAAAAGAUUUUGACAACAGCAUACCAGAUAAGAGCAUAAAGAAGGAGGAGAACAAUCAGAUCAAACAGGCCAGCUCUGAGGACGAGCAGAACUAUGAAGUUCAGUACCUGCAGGCCAAGGAGGAGCUGAAGCAGCUCCAACAUAAGGUGGACAGUCUAGAAGAUGAGAAAUGCACAUUGUUGAUCCACUGUGAGAGCCUGAAGAAAGAUUUAGAGGAGCUAAAGAGAGAAAGUGAAAAGAUGAAGUUAAGUGUAGAAGAUCAAAGUGUCCAGAGAGAUUUUCCCAUUUCCUCUGAAAAUGAGAGUGCAACAACAGCAACAGAAGCCUUCAACCCAGGAAGAGGAAGAGACUUACAGUUUGGGACACAGCAGCAUGAUACACAGGACAGACAAGGGAGUGAACAAGGAAACAAUAACACACAGUUAUGCAGCCUCAGGUUAAGGGAACUCAGACAUACAGUGGCACGUCUCUUGGUCACCUUUAUCCCUGUUCUGGACCUUCAGCAAGUGAACUACGAUUCUGAAGUCAUUGAUGAGAUUCUUACACAGUUUGUUGAUGAGCGCUCUACUACAGAGACAGCCUCUACAUCAAAACAGUGUUGAUCAGAAGAAUGCAAACUUUUCUGAAUUAUUUGGUGUAUACUAGAAUAUAACUCAUGACUCUUUAUAUAUACUGUUGAUUUUUUCUUGACUAGAUAUGAAAGUUUUGUUUCCACUGUGUUUGAGAAACCAGAAAAAAAUGAGUGAGGUUCCCCCACUUGUAUUUUAAAAUUAAACUGUUGUUUUUAGUUGGUUGCAACAUUCACUUCAUGUGUAGGCUUUUAGGCUUACAUUUUUUAAUCAGCAAGCGAUAUCCGUUUCUAUGCUUAAAAUGUCUGCUGUCAUCAUUCAGUGCAGAGCCACAUUGACCACAUGCAUGCUAUAUAGUUAGCGAUACAGUUAGCUUGUUUGUAUGAUGCGAAAUAUUGUACAUAUUAAGGCCCUGAUUUGCUAAAAUCCCAAAUAAAGAGCAAUAAUUUGUGUGCACAUCACUUAAAAAGAAAAACUGUUUUUAUUCUGUCUCUUGCAUUGUGUGGCAGAUAGCUGCGUCCAGAGACACAGGGUAAACAUAGAGCACAAUUAAUUAUACUCAGGUGUCUACUCAUUCAUUCGAUCACCCACUCCUUUCCCAUCAUCCAGUCACAAAACCCUGCUAAACCACACCCUUCCUGCCAUAAUAUCAUAUAUAAACACUGUAAAUGUUAUACUCCUACUUAUGAUGGUUUUGAAGCUGAGGUGGAUCACUUAUUCGAAUGCAAGACAGAUGUACAAACAGAAAAUAACUUCUACUUGUGAUUUUUUUUUUUACAUAUUUGAAGUCUAAUUAAAAAAAGGGGAAAAAAUGCAGAACAGCUUCCUUACAUGUAACGUUCUGGAGGUGCAUACACAUCCUCACUGUGUCUUCUGUUUUCUUAUUAAUGCGAACUUCCGCUUGACUAUGUUUAUGUUCUUGCUAAUGUGUGUUUAUUUUGGUUUUGGUCUAGUCUCCUCCCUUGUCUUGUUAUUGGUUGAUUCCCUACAGUGUCAUUAUCACGUUUACCUGUUUCAAGUCAGUCCCUAAUUACUUUGUCUAUAGAGAUCUUGCAGUCACGUGACCGGAAAGUACACAGCCGCCAUCUUGUCGGUCAACAGCACAGCUGAAUAUUGCUGCACUCGUGUACAGAAUGGAUCAAUUUCAACCGACGGACUACAUGGCUCAUUUUUCUAAUGAACAGAUAACUAGAUGUAUGUCUAAAAUAAACGAUCUACAGAUUAGUGACCCUUAUAGCUUUCCGGACGGAGUUUUCACGACCGUGUCAGUGGAUAUGGAACUGCCAGAGGUGGAAUACCCGGACAUGUAUAAUUACCUCAUUAACUUACCCUCACUGCUCAGUGGUGAAGCAUUGCGUGCUUAUAAAUCUCUGGACAGUUAUCUUUACAGAAAUUCAGGAUUUGUCAGCGACUCAGAUGUGGCAUCUUGUAAACAAGAAAAUGAUCCUCACUGGAUGGGUAAGUCACUUAAGUAUUGAGUAUAGCACUGACCAGCCGAUUAUAGAAUAGAAUAAGGUAAUUCCAGCUGUAAUUCCAAAUCGUCCGUCUUGUUUACCUGGCGUUGGAGAGGUAGAGGCUUAGCAGUGGAGAUUUGAGUAGCUGUUUUCUGAGCUUAGUCAACAGGCCGGCUCUGCAGCCUCGCUUUUGCUUCCCCUCCCGGUGCCGCCUCCUUAGCUUUGCUUCCAAUAACAAUCCACGGAGACCCCGCUGGUCUUGCUAUCUCGUCCGGAAUUUUUUUUUCUCGUCCGGAAUGUUGUGCAUGUGAUAGAAAUCGCUACAAACCGUCAUUUUCUGCUGGAAACCAAUGUCCAGUAAGUCCAUACGGUUGUAGUGGAUAUUGAAGUCUGGUACAGACAAACAACACGCAAAAAUACACACAAAAAACAUAAAAAACGUGCACAGGUAGGGAGAGCUUGUAGCCGCAGCCGUUGUAGUAGAAUUGUAUAUAGUAGGUUUUUCCAGAAGAAAAGGUAGAAGCAGAAGUAGAAGGCGGAAAUAUGGCAUUUGACCGACAAGAUGGCGUCUGUCACAAUCUGGAUCGGCUGUGACGUCACAUGCAAGUGCUCCAUUUAUACCCAGUGUUCCACAGGGCAUUUUGUGAAGUACUCAUUCAGGUUUUUCUGCAUUUACUGAAUUGCCAUUCUGGUUUAUGGCCCUGGUCUUGUUUCUUGGUCUCUGUCCCUGCCUUUAAGGGGUAGUUUAUUAAUUGUCUGAGCCUUGUUUGUUUAACCAUGCUUUUGCCUGCAUUUUUGGAUUUGUUUGUUUGCUUGGGUGUGUGGGUUUUUUGUUUGUUUGUUUUAAAUAAACUAUUCCUGCAUUUGCA